AACCCCUCUUUUCUUCCAAACCAAAUUUCACACACAUAUAAAGCUUACAAAUUUACACUUUACACAAAUACCCCAAUCUAUAAUUAUUUAUAUUAUUCAUUCAUUCUAUAUGUUUUACGAUUUUCUUGAAAAACCCUAAUAAAAUCCCAAGAUGCAGAGGCUAAAUUCCGACAAAAAAACAUCAUCAGUUGUUGUUCCAUCGGAUGAUACUAGUGAUGUUUCCACAUCCAGUUUAACAUUAGAAAACAUCCCAGAUGAGGAUUUGCAAGAUGAGUGUUCCUCUGCCUUAUCCGAAGGUAUCGAAAUAGCCGAAAAUAUCGAAGCAGAGGAAGAAGAAGAGGAAUAUGGUGAUGAACCAGAUGUGGAUAUAGAUACACCUAUAGAUAUAGAUACUUCUAGGAAAAUAUUGGAUCUGGAGGUUUUGGAUGGAAGUAGGGUUAGUAGUGGAAAUGGUGAUGAAGUUGAGGGGUUAUAUGUGUAUAAGAAUGUGUUUAAUUUGAUACCCAGAUCAGUUGGUGGUUUAAGUAAGUUAAAAACUUUGAAGUAUUUUGGGAAUGAAAUGAAUUUAUUUCCGCCCGAAUUCGGGAAUUUGGUCGGGUUAGAAAGAUUGCAAGUUAAGAUAUCUUUGCCUAGUAUGACUAAUUUGCCUUUACAAAAGUUGAAAGCUUUAAAGGAGUUGGAGCUUAGUAAGGCGCCUCCUCGGCCUUCUGCAUUUCCGUUGUUGGCGGAUAUUAUGGGGCUCGAACGGUUGACUAGGCUAUCUGUUUGUCACUUUUCUAUCAGAUAUUUGCCUCCGGAAAUUGGCUGUCUUACUUGUUUGGAAUACCUAGAUAUCUCACAUAAUAAACUGAAAAAUUUACCUACAGAAAUUGCUACUUUAAGUGCCUUGAUAACAUUGAAAGUCGCUAAUAACAAGUUGGUCCAAGUACCUUCAGCCUUGUCCACUCUCCAAAGAUUGGAAACAUUGGACCUUUCAAACAACAGGCUGACAUCCUUGGGGUCUCUUGAACUUGACGCGAUGCCUAACCUUCAAAUAUUAAAUCUUCAGUACAAUAAGCUUCCAAGCUCUUCACAACUACCUGUGCGGAUAAAAUGUUAUAUAGAAGGAAAUGAUGAAGACAUGGCUAAUGGUGAAUUCUCUAGCUCAUCUGUAGAGAUGGAUGUUUUAGAAAGUACUGUCACGGACCUUCUUGAUCAUUCUAUUAAUGGCUCCCCUGCAUCCCCAUCGAAUCAUUUAACUGGAUCCUCGUCAGACAGUUGUAUCUUAGCUAGAAAAUGGAGAAGACUUCAUCGUUUGCAGCAGAGAGCUCGCCAAGAACAUUUAAACCUCUUGAGGAAAUGUUUAAACUGCAUUUUGAAAACGAAAAGGAAACAGGCUGAUUCUCUCUUUGUUUCGAUUCAAAACUCAACCGGGAAUUGUGAAUGCUGCAAUGCUCCCAUCUUACCUGAAUCCUUACUAGAAGUCUCAGCAAACAAUCGUGAUGAUGAUCUAGGUAAUAAAGAUCUUGCUGCACCUGCAGACAGCUCAAAGCAGGUGGAUGCGCUUGAGUCUAUCGAGGGUAAAGAGGUAAAAGAUGUCUGUACUGAGAAUGAAGCUGGUGCUCUUUCAGAUGCUAGUCGGGUACAAGAUGAGCACUUGUUGGUUGAUAGUUUUUGCUGUAACAGUAAUUCACAUCCAAAAAGGCAUUCUGAAAGGGAUCCUGACAACCAUGGUUCAGACAAAAAGAAAAUUAAAGCAACACAAACUGACAUACAUUCAGAGAUGUCAAAGAAAUAUAGUACAAUGUCGUUCUGUAGCAUUGAAGACCAUCUGCCAGAUGGAUUUUAUGAUGGUGGACGAGACCGUCCUUUCUUGUCUAUCAGUAGCUAUGAGAAAAACUUGCAUCUUGGCUCACGUGAAGUAAUUGUUAUGGACAGGGGGACGGAUGAAGGAUUGGAUUCUAUAACCCUCUGUGCUCAAGCAUAUUUAUCUCGUUUAAAUCAAAGCGAUAAUUCCAACAAAGACGGGGGAGAUAUUUCUCUGGAUAAGUAUCAGAUUGCUUCUUGGCUUGCUCUAUUUGUAUCAGAUCACUUUGGAGGGAGUGACAAAAGUGCAGCGGUUGAUAGUGCACGGAAGUCUUCAUCUGGAUCGAACUACAACAAGCCUUUUGUAUGCUCUUGUCGCACUGGGAACAACAAUAAUAUUGUGAAAUCUGCAAACCAUAGUAUCAGCUCCUCAGAGGAUGACCUUCUAGGCAACUGUGAGAAAUCUCUUCAGCUGGUAAAAGCAAGGAGAAAUUCAAUCAUUGUUCCUAUUGGGAGUCUACAAUAUGGUGUCUGUAGGCAUAGGGCAUUGCUCAUGAAGUAUCUUUGUGACCGCGUGAAGCCUAGAGUACCAUGUGAACUUGUGAGAGGGUAUUUGGAUUUCGCACCUCAUGCCUGGAAUGUGGUUGUUGUUAAGAGAGGUGAUUCAGAAGUUCGGAUGGUAGUGGACGCAUGCCGUCCUUGUGAUAUUAAGCCAGAGAUGGACCCUGAAUAUCUCUGCAGGUAUAUUCCUCUCAGCCGGAUCAGUUGUGAUGCAAGUCUUGAUAUGGACUCUUCUUUUCCUUCUCUUUCUGCAUGCGAGAAAAUUGGGGAAGGAGCUUCUACAACUCUUGUCAAGUGCAACCUUGGAUCAGUUGGGACUGCUGCUAAGGUGCGCUUGUUGAAAGUCGGUGGGAGCUCUCCAGAUGAAAUUAGAAAUUUUGAAUUUAACUGCUUAGGGGAGGUGAGACUUUUAAACGUCUUGAAGCAUCCUUGUAUCGUAAGAAUUUUAGGACACCGGAUAUCUACAAAGUGGUUGCCAUCACAAAAUGGAACACAAGAGGAUCGUAUUUUACAGUCUGUCAUUUUUAUGGAACAUGUAAAAGGGGGUUCAUUAAAGCAUUAUUUAGAGAAACUUGCAAGAUCUGGUGAGAAGCAUGUCCCUUUGGAACUGGCUUUGCAAAUUGUGAGAGAUAUAUCUUGGGCAUUGUCAGAGGUCCAUUCAAAAGAUGUAAUACAUCGUGACUUGAAGAGUGCAAAUAUAUUGAUUGACCUGGCUGAAAAUUCUCAUGGAAAACCUAUUGUUAAGCUUUGCGAUUUCGAUAGAGCGAUACCUGUACGCUCUCCCUAUCAUACGUGUUGUAUUGGUCAUGUAGGAAUACCCCCACCUAAUGUCUGUGUUGGAACACCUCGUUGGAUGGCCCCUGAAGUCUAUCGGACAAUUCAUAAUCAGCAUCUAUAUGGACUGGAAGUUGAUAUAUGGUCUUUUGGAUGCCUACUUUUGGAGAUAUUGACUUUGCAAGUGCCUUAUGCGGGGUUGCCAGAAUCUGAAAUUAAUGACCUCCUUCUGAUUGGCAAACGACCAGCGUUGACUGAUGAACUAGAGGCCUUGGAGCCUCUGGAAGAUACAGAAACGACUCAAUUUGAGACAGCAGAAUACAGAAAAGCGAGAAUCUUGAGAUUUCUAAUUGAUAUUUAUCGGCAGUGUACCAAGGGGGAUCCAAAUGAUCGUCCAACGGCAGAGAAACUUUACCAAGUGCUGGAUGACUUUUCAAACUCAACUAAUGUACAAGUAUAGAGUCUUAUUGUAUCGGCUAGGAAAUUAGGUUAUAUAAAAAUGUACGAGUAUUAGUGGUUGUUAGUGUAUUUACAUGUACGUUUGUUGUCAUCUCUUUCCGGGGUAUUAGAGCCCAGGUGAAGUCUUACAUGAAUCUUAUUUAUUUUUGUAUCAAAAUUUGUUUUCAUUUAUCGGUUUGUGAGUGUGGAUGAGCGCAUGUUGCGGCCUGUAGGUGACAGGAAACAUAGGUUAUGUUAUGUACUAAUGUGUAGCUUGUUUUUUUAUAUAUAUUUUUCAGGAGUUCAAGUAGUA